AUGAAUCACUACAGUCAUCCCCACAUCAACCCAGGCCAAUCACCGCGUCAGAUGUAUACGAUCGCGGAUGCAAACCUCGGCAACCAACCUAGCAACAUCACACCCACCCGCAACCGUGCAACCCCCAGGACUCAAGUACCCGGUGGAGGACAAUUGGGCCCCCACCGCAUGACACCCACCAAUGUGCGCUACCAUCCUCAUGGGGCCGGUGGGACACCGGACCAGACUUCCCAGGUCAUCCCAGCAACAAACCCAGGAGGUCAUGGCAAUCGAUCCAUGGAUCCCCGAACAGAAACCGACUUAGAAGGACCAAACUUGGGUAACUACAACAAUCCCCAAGACUACUCUGAUCUCAUGGAGACUGGUCUUCUUCCCCCUUUGGACCAAGGCCUCCCAGAUCAAGCGACCGAUGACGCAGAGCGACCUCUUCCACCACCCUUGGAUUUGCAUAAUCUCAAUCUCGGCCCGCGCACAGCUCAUCCUCCCAAUCUGCGCAAUUCAACCUCGCCAGAUGACCUUCCAGCCCAAGAGGACACCGCCCAGGGUGAUCUACUUCGUCGGCUCAUAGAAACCCCCGACACAAUGGCUUCCGUCAUCAGUGCCCUAAUCCAGCGUGGAGGGAUCCCGCAACCCGAAGCAGCGGGCAACAUGGGCACUGACCCCGGACGACACAUCUACGGGAAAGUCAUCCGAGAACAUGUGCGGGGGCAAAUCCGCCGCAUCUUGAGGCAGCCAAACCUCGCUGCCUACACCCGAACCAGUGGCCCAAACGGGGAAAGGUAUACUAAUGCGCCUUUCCCGUUGAUCAGGGCUCACAUUUUGGCGCAACCCUUAGUGUGGCGACAAAGGCAUCUGCCUUCGGGGUUGGCAGACAAUGAUAUGGACGCGAUCGAAAAUCUUGAUCGCUUCCUGCGUACCAUGGUGAAACAUGAGCGGACAACCCUUCGAAACCUGCUCCUGAUUCAAGUGCGACCCGACCCGCGUCGUCGAGCCCCAGGCCCAAUCCCCCGACUAUUUGACCUCCUAGUCCUCAUUGAACAAGGACUCAGCGGCCCCCGGAACGCACUAAGUCGCCAGGAUUUGGCCAGCUGGGCAACCCGCCCCGUGCGACUUAGGUUUGCUAUAUUGCGACUCCUGGCAGUCAAUCAUUACCUCAACCGACCGCCUGGAGAAACAGCCUCCCAGUGGGAGAUUAUCGAUCGGCAUCUAGAGAUGCUCGCUGCCCUCAGCCCUGUCGUUCUUCAAGCGCAUAUCGAGCUCAUCAUCCGCAAGGAUGCACAUUACUUCGAUGGUAACAAGUACAUAGGUGACAUACCUCGCGAAACGUUCCAUCUGCCGACUGACGAAGAGGUCAAUGCGGAGGUAGCACGAUUGAACCGCACCCCAGCCGCUGAGCGAGCCACUCAACUGGCCGACAUGACAGAUGAAUAG